AUGAGGUCAUUGCUGAAUAGACUGCAGAAACUUGAAGUUGGACCGAAUGUUGAGGAUAGAAGUGACGUGAAACGUGAGAAUCGAAUCGGAAAAAGUCGUUCUAGUCGGUAUCGGCGUCAGAUCCCCGGAGGUUCCUCUCCUCCAUCAAAUAACGACGGACCUCCUAAUCUGUCCGGCAUGUCACGCCCGUCCUGGGCCAUGCCCCCACAGAUGGCUUUUCCCGGAGCACCUGGCAGGAUGUCGCCUCCCGUGGGUCAAAGUCAGUCUGGAUUUCCUGGAGGUCCUCCUAGUGGUAUGCCACCCUUCUUGGGUGGUGGUCGGGGUGGUCAGAUGCCUUUUGGAAGUCCUGGAGGUCCGACGGGUGGUUCGAUGGGUGGUCGAAUGGGAGGUCAAAUGAGGGGUGGGAUGGGAGGUCAAAUGAGGGGUGGGAUGGGAGGUCAGAGCCCUUUCGGUUCCUUUAUUCCCCCUAGCGGCAGUCCUUCUCCUUUCUCUAGUAGUUUCUCUGCAGGAGCAGGUCAGCCCCCUCCAGGCUUUCACAGCUCUUCCGGUCCCCAGAGUUCCUUCCCAGGCAGUGGAGGGUUUGGCAACAGGCCUCAGGGACCUCAGAACUCCUUCAUGCAACCACGGAUGCCCGUGCAACAUGGAUCAAGCAAUAUGCCAAUGGGACAGGGGGGAAGUGGGCGUGGUAGUCCAGGCUCUAUGCCACCCGGUGGUCUCAAUCCAGAGAUUAUGAGGCAGAUGAUGAGAAACCGACAAAUGACUUCCCAGUUCACAAAUCAGCAACGAGGAGGUUUCAGUGGCGGUAGUAGUGGCCCUGGCGGGGGUGCCAAUUCAGUGGGUAGGCAGGGGGGGUCUCCGUUUCCGAUGCCUUCACCACCAGGAGCCUUUAAUUCUAGCGGAAGUCGUAUCCCCAUGCCCGGAAUGCCUAUGGGGCCUCGAAGUGGGGGUUCAUUCCCCCAAAAUGCCUUUCCUUCAGGGAGCCCACCAGGUCUUGGAGGGUUUUCCUCAAGGGGUAUGAGAUCAAACCAAGCAAUGAUGCCCGACAUGAACGGACCAGGGAACUCUAUAUCUCAGUCUAACUUUGGACAACCCAUGAACAUGAUGUCAAUGCAAGGAAAUCCUAUAAUGAACCAGCAACAAGGUCAGAUCGGAGGUAGCAGGUUUGGACCUCAGAUGUCUUUUGGUGGGAGAUUCCAACAGGGAAACGGUAGCUCUCCGGACAGAAUGAGAAUGAUGAUGAGGAUGAUGAUGAUGAGACAAAUAUCUCAAAAUGGCGAAGGGGGCGGAGGGGAAUCCCCUUUCUCUAGGACUGGCGGUCAGUUUCCUGGGCCAUCGGUCAUGGGCGGGCCUCAGGGUUUAUCCGACUCGUCUGACGAAUUCAAUCCAAUGGGGGGGAUAGGAUCAAGUCUAUCUCGGAUGGAUAUGGGUUUCGGCGGUAAUGCUGGCUCCGCUUUUUCAGGAAUGGGAGGAGGUAUGAUGAAUCCUUUCUCGGGUUCUAUGGGUAAUUUUGGGUCAUCGUCGACAACAUCCUCUCCCAUGUCGUCUAUGAUGAAUCCCUUCCUGAGAAGUAACAACAGGAUGAAUCCUUUCAUGUCGAUGGGUCGAGGAGGUUUCCCAUCUUCUUCCAACACCAUGAUGGGUUCAGGGUUUCCUGGUAUGAGAGGGCCAAUUUCUAGGGGUGGUAUGGGAGGGUUCGGGGGAUUCCCAGCCUUUCCACGGGGUAUAAGGACGUCUGAAGUAUUGAGCAUUGUUGGCAUUGGUCGUGAUGGUGUUUUAGUGGUUGUCUAUGCAGGAUUUCUGAACUUUGAAUUUUGCACGCGUGGCGGUCUAACGGAAAACACUUCUACGAUUUUCAACUACCAAGAGAUCUUUAACGUGCCCAACGUACACACCGGACCCUCAAGAUUGUUCGUCUUUAUUCGAGAAGACUAG